AUGGGUCUGUUCUCUGAGCUGAAGAUGGCUGUGCCCUGGGGCCACAUCGCCAGCAAAGCCUGGGGCUCCCCGAAGGGCACCUCGGUUCUCUGCCUGCACGGCUGGCUGGACAAUGCCAACACCUUCGACACACUCAUUCCUCUCCUCCCAAGAGACUUUUACUACGUGGCCAUGGACUUCGGGGGUCACGGGCUCUCCUCCCAUUACAGCCCAGGUCUUCCCUAUCACUAUCAAAACUUCGUGGGUGAGAUCCGGAGGGUCUCGGCAGCCUUGAAAUGGGAUCGCUUUUCCAUCAUGGGCCACAGUUUUGGUGGCACUGUGGGCGGAAUGUUUGCCUGCAUGUUCCCCGAGAUGGUGGAUAAACUUAUCUUGCUGGACUCAAGCCCUUUUGCACUGGACUCUAAUGAGCUGGAGAACCUGCUGACCUACAAGCGGAAGGCGCUAGAGCACACCCUGCUGCUGGAGCAGGCCGCCAAGGAGCCCUCGCGGGUGCUCAGCCCGGAGGAGAUGCUGCAGAGGUUCCUGAAGAAUAACAGUCACGUGGGCGAGCAGUGCGGGAAGCUGCUGCUGCAGCGGGGAGCCACCCAGGUGCCCACAGGCCUGGUGCUGAACAGAGACCGGAGGAUCGCCCUGCCAGAGCACACCUUCGACUUCAUCAGCAAGGAGCUGUGUGUGCACGCCAUCCAGAAGCUGCAGGCCCAGGUCCUGCUCAUCAAAGCAACCGAAGGAUUUUAUGACGUGAGGAGAGAGAAGGACUCUGACAAGGGGCCACUGCUUUUCAUGACUGACACGCUGAAAUCCGCCCUGGGAGAGCGGUUCCAGUAUGUGGAAGUUCCAGGCAACCACUAUGUCCACAUGAACCAACCGGAUCACGUAGCCAGUGUCAUUGGCUCCUUCUUACAGAGCGGGAACAGGAUCCCAGCCAGUCCGUAG